AAGCACUCGAAGGCCUCAGAUGAAUAAUCACGUGACAAUUUAGAGCGAAAAUCCUCAACUUUGCUAUUUGUUAGUUAUCCAAUUUUUAUGAAAGAUAGAUAUGUCCGGAAUAGCCAUUGGAAGACUUAGUGAAGAGCGAAAAGCCUGGAGGAAGGACCAUCCAUUUGGAUUUGUUGCAAGGCCAGCAAAAAAUCCAGAUGGCACUUUGAAUUUACUGAACUGGGAAUGUGCAAUACCAGGCAAAAAGGGGACCCCCUGGGAAGGAGGACUUUACAAACUAAGGAUGUUGUUCAAAGAAGAUUACCCCAGCUCUCCUCCAAAGUGCAAGUUCGAGCCCCCAUUGUUUCACCCCAAUGUGUACCCUUCGGGUACAGUCUGUUUGUCUCUGCUGGACGAGGAAAAAGACUGGCGACCGGCGGUCACCAUCAAACAGAUAUUGCUGGGUAUUCAGGAACUUCUGAAUGAGCCCAAUGUCAAAGAUCCGGCUCAAGCCGAGGCUUACACGAUAUAUUGUCAAAAUCGGGUGGAGUAUGAGAGGCGUGUUCGGGAUCAGGCUGUCAGAUUCCGUGAUCCAUCAUUAUAGCUAGAAUCAUGUGUCGAAUAUUUCAGGGAAGAUACUGUGUUUCAUCGGUCUAUAAACUUCAAGCACAGACAAAGUGAUAAUCAAGUCUACAUCAAACGCUUGAACUUCAGUGCUCUUGUGUUUAUUAUAAUCUGCAAGAAACUACAAGAAAUUAUCAACAUUGCUCUUUAGUGCUUUCGCUACAGUCCGAUCUGAAAUUGUUUAUGUGUAUUGAUGUAUCUUAUCGUACAGCUCUCAUGGUGAAGCUUUACAACAACUGUAAGAACUUACAUGGUUGAAUUUGGAACUCUUACCAAUGUAUUGUGCUCUUAUGAUAUAAAUAUGUUCUCUUAUUUUCAUCCUGGACAAGAAAUCUCUGUUCAUUUCGAUUCUUUCUUGUUGUGUGUUCUAACUGUGUAAUGUUUGGUGAAUAUUAAUCUGUUUACUAGUCGUGAUUCGGUUAAAUUUGGUGUUUAGAUUUUCUUGUAUAUACAUGUACAAGGAUUAUGUUUAUUAUAUAUGAAAAAUAAAGGUAAAUUUUGUAAUUGAUUUCAAAUCUACCCAACAAAUUUUAAAUCAAAUUUAUAAAGUUAUUAAUAAAGAAAUAAAAAGAA